AUGGGACACGUCGAGGCUGGCGUGGCCAUCGCCAUGCCGCAGUCCCUCUUUGACGGCAACGAGGAGGACGACCGGGACAACAACACGGGGCUGGCGCUGGCCGCCUGCUACACCCUUCUCCGAUUUACCACGGACGGCACAGGGAACGACCAUACGACAGGGGGCGCCUGGUUCAAACCAGCACCGGAAGGUACUACACAGAUUCUCUUAUACUCUGUUGAGGACUGGAACCGGGCCUACGUGGCCCUGCGGUCCUACAUUGACCGGAGAGUGGGGCACCAAGUGUUAUUCCCUACCGUGACACCAAAGCUGGCUGUUACGCCGGUGGCAUUCCUCCGGAUCAGAGACGCCGAGGGCAUUAUCUCGAGCGAGAAGGGUGCCCGGCUGCACGCAAAUGAAGAGGCCGUGGCCGAGGCCGAGGCCGACGACAUCAUUGCGGACAACAUGGGCAACGAGCUUGCUCUGAUGUCCGAGGCUACGAACCUGCUAAAGCACCUGCAGGCACAGCACCGACUGGACGGCACCGUGCCGCGCGAUCCGAUGGACAUGGGCACUCUGGAGGAAGUCCGCCUCGUGGCCCAGGCCAUCGCGGACGGACAAGUCCCGGCCGCCGCCGCCGACGACAACGGUGAUCGCACGAACUCGGAAGAAACAUCGGCCUUCCUGGACGCGCUGAACACCAAGGCCGCCAUCUCUGGCACGAUCCAGGAGAGCGCGACCGUCCACGACGCCGCCGCCAGCGAGGGCAGAAGUGCUGCUGCUGCAGCGGCCGGCGGGGCCGCCAACGCCCGCGAAAAGCGGGAGGAUCUGGCACGCAGCGUGUCGCGGGUGCUAAACGAGAGCGAGUCGGCCGAGGCAUGCUCGCUAACAGACGCACUCGCCAUGGCCGAGAUGCCACCCUUCGACCCGGCCCAACCAGAGCGGCUAAAGUGGUCGACGCCGGCACACUAG